GGCGGUGGGUGCGGGACCGGGGCGGCCCCUCCGCGUCACGGGCGGCCGCGGGGACAUCGCACCCUGGAGGGCGGCCGGGCGUCCUGGAUCCCACGAUGAGGAUGAUCGAGAGCGUGGACUCCGUGGUGACCAGGUCCAGCGAGGACCUCUGGGCUGAGAUCUGCUCCUGUCUGCCACAUCCCGAGCACAAGGACGCCGGCGAUGCUUUCACAGACUCCUUCAUGGAUUCCUACGCCGAGGGCAGCGGAUCGGGCGGCUCUUCCCAGCCCACCCUGAAGCCCUGGGCACCCCUGAACGACUCAGAGGUGUACUUGGCAUCCCUGGAGAGAAGACUGAUGAGGAUCAAAGGCCUGUCCCAGGAGGUGACCUCCAAGGACAUGCUGCGCACCCUGUCCCAGGCCAAGAAGGAAUGCUGGGACAGGUUCCUGCAGGAGAAGUUUGAGGCUGAAUGUUACGUUGAGGGCCACGAUGCUGACGAGAGCACGCUGGAGCACCUGAAACGCUGGCUGCAGCCUGACAAAGUGGCCAUCAGCUCCGAGGAGGUGCAGUGCCUCAUCCCGCCGGAAUUGCAGCCAGAGAAGCCAGAGGCUGAGGAGGAGCCUACGGCUGCGGAGCAGUGAGAGGCCCCAGCUGUGCCCCGGGGGCUGCCUCUUGUCCCAGCCCCCAGGAAGAUGUACCCAGCCACAGGAAUAGCAGGGAGGGGGGCACAGAGCAAAUUACCAGUAAUUGAAAAAGUAAUUUUUAAAAGAAAGAACCCCCACCACACCAAAUUCCAGCUCUGGCGCUCCACAGACAGCGACUGGCACUGGUAGGGACGAGAGGGAACGCCUGUGACAUGGCUGAACUGAAACUUCACGUUGGUCUUCUCCAGCCUGCAGCCACCUCAUCAUUCCAGCCUGGAUGUGGAUUGCUUGGAAUCCAUCAGGAGUCACAUUAAACAACAACAACAACAAAAAAAGCAGUUGUUGAGAAGCACCAAAAAACAUCACGGUCUAGAAUAGAGCAGAGAAACCACUGAAUCACUGUCUUCCUGUCUUUUACAUUUUCAUUACUCAGUUGGGCAUUUUUUCCUCUCCUGCUAAGUCCACUUUGGUGUUUUCUCCAGGUCUUCACUGUUUCAAUCUGGCUUGGCCCCAAGCUGUGCCAGAAAGAAGAUGGAUACUUCUCACCUCUGUGAAUUUGUGACCCUGAAGGAAGCUCCCACUGCAGUCACUAAAUUGAUGGUGUCAUUGAUGUUGUAGCUAUUUCACAUUCCUCUCUGUAAUGCACCCCCUAGUAUCCCCCUUUAUUGCCCAAACUCUCUAUUAUAGACUGGAGGGCGAAUAUUUUUCCUCUUGUUGGUCAUUUUGUACCUGUUCUUUAUCCCUUCAGCCUCUCCAGAAGAAGAUCAGAUGAGAUUCUGUAUUGGGAAACCAAGCGUGGUAGCCAGGGAGGCUAUAAACAACUUGUUUUCAUCACAGAAUUGCAUAGAAUUCUCUGACUUGAAAUUUAAUUGUUUUUUUCACCCUGCUUAACUCUGCAAAGGGUUAUUUCCCUUUACUAAUCUAAGAAUCUGUGAUUUCGUGCUGAUUUUCCGUUGAUCCUUGUGUUCUGCCUCGGCACCAACACUGGAGGUCGGUAGAGGGAAGCAGCACAGUCGGUCAGAGCUCCUUGGGAGAAAUUGUGGUUCUUGGAGUUAGUCCACACCGGAUUCAUACUGUGUUCGUUUAUGUGUCUGUUUGAAAACAUUUUUUUAGGAGUAAAUUCUUGCUGGAGCCUCCCAGUUUCCUGUCUCUGUACACAAACAGAGGUGCUGCUCUCUUGGUCACUGCCUCACAACUCAGAGGUUGUUCCCACCUCAGCUUUCCUGGUGGAACUCCCACCCCAGGCUCACCUCCCAAAACAGUCACGGUCAGAAUUCUCCAUUAAAACAAUCCCUUGUUUUUGAAAGCUUGAGAAAUGGGGUGAAUCAUCUGAGUGCCAGUGAUGCACAACUUGCAAGCCUCGUGUCUUGCUGGUUUGGUCAUUAAAUGUCCCUUUUAAUUUAUCCUUAGUGUCCCUUUUAAUUUAUCCUUUACCUGUCCUGUAUUAUAUUGUCUAUGUCCUUGUGAAAAUCUCUCUCACCAGAUGUAACAAAGCUGUGACAAAGAUGCAGAACUCUGAGCUGUUCCCAGAAAUGGUUUGUGCAGAGAGAGAAAGCAGCAAUUUCUCUGUCCCCAGCCUAUUUCCCUAUUUUAUUUGUCAAUAAAAUUGUUCUUAUGGGUAGCAA